AACACCUCACAAUUUUCACUUCACAACUUAGAAGAUUAAUUGUCUACAAAUGGCUAAAACGAUUCGUUCGAUCUUCKUUCUUCUUCUCGUCGUCAACCUCUUGAUCUCGAUGGCAAUGGCAGGCCGAGACAUUCCGUCCAACAACAAACCCGAAGACAUCAAACACCCGAAUAUGUUCUUCUCUCACGACCGUGGAUACCUGAUCCCAGGUCUUGGACGAGGGAUUAAACCGAAGUCCAAGCACGGGUUCAACCCCUUCACCUACAAUCCUAUUACCGGCAACAACAACAACAACAACGGAGUCGCAGACAUCCCUACUUUCGGUGGGGUUGGUUUUCCGGGUGGUGAUGACACAUUGGCUCCAAACUCUGGAUUUGAGGUCCCGAGCACCGGAGGCAGCGGUAGCGAUAGCACUCCGGUCUCGGCUCGUCCAUGAUGAUUUGGUUGUUGGUUUGUGAUUUUGUUACAUUGUCAUGUGUUUUCAGUUGUAAUAUUGUAUGUUGUGUUUUGCAAAUAAAGACAUCAAUCGCGAUGGUAUUUGGUAU